ACUUCCUCUGUCAGUCACAGGCUGCAAUUGUAACUGAGGGUUAGAGAUCGAUCUGUGUCUGAGAGCUCACCUUUAACACAGCACUGCAACCAAAAGAGCGUACAUCUUCUAAACCAGAUUUUCCAAGAAAUCAUGACUACCUCACUGCUGUGGUCUGCCCUUCUGAUAGCCACCUUCAUGGGGCCAAUGGGUGUGAACGCAAUUAGCAACGAUACUUCAAAAGACCUUUUUCCUGAGGCUUCGUCAAAUCAAACCAAAUCUAACCAAACCAAACAACAAAACCGUAAUCCUAGUUCUACAGUAUAUCCCAAAUCUACAGACUCUGCAGUAGUAGUAUCUGACUUAACAAUAACCCCGAAAAAACCAACCAUCACAAAAGUUAGUACAUCUGCAUUACCCACCACCACCACAGCCUGCCCGUGUGACUGCUUACAGGGCGUAACAAAAGGAGAGGAUAAAAUUGGUUUACUCGUGUUCGGGGGUCUGACUUUAGGCUGUGUGAUCCUGCUGAUCACCACCAUGAUGCUGGCUUGCAAACUGUGCCACAUCCAAAGGCACUACCGCGACUACGAGAUCUGCCAUGUCGAGACCAGCGCGGCAAACGGCAGGACGAAGGCCGACGAGCCCAACGAGUCCUCCAUCAUGAUGUCAGAGGUGUUCAACGACGAGGGGGCGGCCAGAGACGCGGCAGAGAACAACCAAUCGAAGGAGAAGGAGGAGGAGACGGCCAGCGCUGGCAGUGCCCAAAGCUCCGUGGACAAGACAGCUGCGCCUGACAAUUCCGACGCAAACGAGAGUACAGCCAACAAGGUCACCGCCGCCAACAAGGCCGAACAACCUGAGAGCAGCGUCAAGGAGGCCACCAAGAGCACUGCCGCCGCUAGCACCGCCGCCGCCGACAACAAGGCCAAGGACGAGACGGACGAGACGGACGAGACGGACGAGACUGACGAGACGAAGAACGUGGCAGAUGAAAACAAAAGCAACACAAAGGCGGCCACAGCUGUGGAGUAGAGCGCCACUGUAGCUUAAAGACUGAUGUGGACUGAUGUGGGCUGAUGUGGGCUGAUGUGGACCUGAGUUACGAUGCUCUGCAGUGUUACUGAGCCAACACGCUGGCCCUGAAUUCUGAAUGGACUUUUCUUUAUUAUCAUACGUCAAGAGCUCUACUUGAUUUCCUACAUAUGUCUGGUUAAAAUGGCACUUAUCUGUGAAUAUUUUUUUUUAAUUUCAAUAAUGUAAUGUUGGCAUUGCGUAUUUUAAUUGCGUACUUUAAUUCAGGUUUAUUUAAGUACUAGAAAUGAGAAAAAAGCCUGAUGAAUGUAGUAUACAAUCAUGUACAAUGAUGUAAUUACAUCAUAUUUUCUAGAAUAAACUUUUCUUUGCAGAGAAA